AUGGAGACUAGACGCAGAAAAAAUUUGCGUGGACUCUACAGAGGAGAUUUGAGAUUAUUAAUUAUGCACAACAAGAGAAAAAUGAAAGAAGAGCUUGAGGAAAAUAAAGACAAAAAGGUCAAAAUGCUUGCUAAUUUUGAUUUCUUGGUUCCUGUUGCAUCAGUUUUGCCUGUAACAGAAGCAUUAACUGUAUAUAAGCAAUUGAAAAAUGAGGGAUUUGAAGAGAUUCAUGAAGUUUAUGAAAACAUUUCUGAGAUGAUAAAGCCUCCAGUCAGUUCAGAUAGUGAGUUAUGCAAGUUUGCUUUGUUUGAAGUAAGUGAACACAUUGUUGUGAAAGAGUAUUUCCAACGCCUCUUGAACAAUUGCAAAAAAAUUGAGGCAUCUGAAAAAGCAGCAGAGAUUUUUUGGACAACAUCUUCCAAGUACUGUGGAGAGACUGUUCGUGGUUGGGCCAAAGAAUUUCUUCAGUUUGGCAAAGUUUCUGAUCAUCAACAGGGCAAGCAUGCCAAGCGGUCUUCAAUUGUAGACGAUGAAGACCUUAAAAAGAAAGCAAUUGUUUGGCUUUGUACUCAAAAAGCAGAAAGACGAACUGUUGUGAAUUUGAAAAAGUAUCUUGAUGAAAUGCUUUUUCCAUCAUGCCUUGGUAACAACCAGAAUGUAUAUUACAAUGGACACAAAAGACAAGACGUUGUUCAGUAUCACCAUGCUUGGGCAACGCGAAUGAUGGGAUACAAACAAUGUAUGUCAGACUUUACUGGGGAAGAUGAAAAAAUUGAGGAAGGUGAAAGCCACAUCUGCAAAAAAGGUCAGGGAAGAUCUCUGAUGGUCAGCAAGUUCCAGUGUGCUUGUCAUGGCACUAUGCAACUGAAGAACCAUGCUAUCCCUCUAUUUGAAAGCUUGCACAAGGGAUGCACCAGUGUCUUUAUUUUCGACCAAAGCAGCAAUCACAAAGUAUAUGCCACGGAUGUCUUGGUUGCCACCCACAUGAUUCUAAAGCCAAAGGUCGUUUCUGAAAAUGACAAGUUCGUUUUCAAAGAUACAACGUUUUUGAAGGAUGGACGUAUCAUCCCUCAAUUGUUUUAUGAGACAGUCUUUGAAGUUGGAAGGAAAAGAAAGGGGCCAGUGGAGAAGAGACAGUUUGUUGGCGUCCAGCAGAUCCUUCAGAAGCAUGGACUUGCCUCUCCUGUGGCUGGUUCUCCUUCCAUGAUCAGGAGAUUUUAUAAAAAGACUUGGAGAUAUAUUGAAGCUUACAGCAAGUUUCUAGAUGCUAAGAAUGCUGAUGCUGAGGUGAAGAAAUUCACCUCAAGAAUCAGUAAAUCUCACCACAGCAUUGGCAUCCAUGAUUAA